AAAUAAGUACAAGACCAUUUUUCGCUCCUCUGGUGUGUAAAUCGAUAAAACAUUGACUGUUUAUAAAUUGCACCUCUCAAUUCACGCUAAUGACAUUGAUUUUUAACCUUGUCCUCUUGAAAUAAAAAAAAAGGUUGUUUUAUGCGAGCCAUUUGAUUUUGCGAUAUGAAGAAAGGUCAUAUUCUGGUUUAAAUAUUGUCGACAAUAAUUUCUAAUGCAUAACGUAGUGAACGAUGAUCUUGGCCUGUUGAAAUGAAAAGUAUAAUAUACUAAUGUGAAUUUAAAAAAAAUAAGAGAAAAUAAUAGAAAAUAAAAGAAAACUAAGAAGAAUGUCUAUGUAGUGUGAGUGUAAUGGUGAAGGGGGUCACACAGGAUGCAGCUAAUGACUUUGAACUCUCUCUUGAUGUUUGACCUCGUGUUCCUGUUCUUCCUGUUUCUUGUGAUGGUGUCCUGUCUAGUCUAUUAUAUACCAGGAUCGCGAGGUCAUGCUGCGACUGCCGCCGCCGUCGCCGCGUCCGUUUCUUACGAGGUCAUUGAAGCAAGAACACCACCACGUACAGAUGCACCAAUCGACAAUGUUUGAGAAUGCCCACGUUGAGCGUUGGAGGCGUUUGUGCCGGCGUCGAAGAUGGGUUAAGUAUCGUGGCGGCGGAUGUUCUGGCUUUAAGGGGUGCAGGUUUGGAGGCUGCAGAAACUUGGGCUCUCCUUUGUCAAGCUGCCCAAGCUCUUCAAGAUCUCUUUCUUUCAAAUGGUGGAGUGGUGGAUGGGUCGAGAGCAGGACCAGUGGUCACCCCAAACACAUUGGAAUUGACUCCACGAGGUAGAGUGGCUUUACUACAGGCGCCACCGGAAACUGCUCGAGCUUAUCUGCCUCCGGAAUAUCGUCCUGGACGCGUCUACUCUGACACAGAUUCUGAAAAGAUGUGGAUGUAUUCACUGGGUCGAGCCUUAUUAGACACAACUCCGAGGGUAACAGCUUUAACGGGAACAGUGUCCGUUUCACCCUCAUGUGCUUUACAGUCGGUUUUAGCUGCUAUGACAGAACCAGAUCCACGAAGGCGAGCUUCAUUAAUGAAUCUUCUUGACGUAAUAUCAGAAUACUGCCGUUCUCGCUUACAAUCAAGACCUUUCACUCACAUUGUGAUGGAUAUGUAUCGAGAGGUAGUUUGUUCGCCACAAUAUGCAGCGAGAAAACGAGUUAUUCUCCGUACAACAAAUAAAAAUAAUUCACCAUCAAUGGAAAUGAAGCAUAAACAAAGUCGUCAAUAUCAACGAUGGUCGGCCAAUCAUCGUUUCGCGAAAUAUAAUAAUUCAAAAGCAGACAAUUCACUAUUCAAAAUUCAGUCACGCAACUCAAGAUCACAUCCAAAUCUCAUGGGUUUGUCGACGCGUAAUGAGGAAAAUCCAAUAGCACGUUUUCAAUCCCAAUUGGAUAUGAUUAAUGCUGCUGAAAUGUUGGAUCAUCCAUCGAUUGCAUUCAGUCAUUUGAGAACUGUUUCACAGCCAUUGACAAUGCCACCGCAUCAAAUACAAAGUAAUGGCGAUCUUAUUGAGAGAAAAAUUUCAAAUAACAUCACUGAAUAUCAUCGAUAUCAAAGAAAUCGACGUAAUGGCCUACUUGAAAUGCCACCACCAAUGAAACCAUUUCUUAGCUCGCAAGAUGUGAGAUAUGGUGGUUGUGGAUUGUCAAAAUUAGUACAAGAUCAAGAUCAACUCUAUGCAAGGCCAAUGAAUGGUAGGAGAAAUAAUUUUACAUGCUUCUCAUCGUCAUCGUCUUCCACGUCGUCUUUAAGGCCCAAUGGAAUUCAGCAAAAAGAACCUACGUAUGAGACUCUAGUCAAUGCACCUAAGGAAGAGAUUUAUGCAAGUGCUGAGACAACGGGAAACACACGUCCCAGAGUCGUUCUUCAUCAACAAGUUUCAAAUAAUAGACUUUCCAAUUUGAAUCAAGACAUUAAUAAUGAGACAAUAAGCAAUCCAUUAAUUCCAAAAUCAAUAAGUGAACAUCUAAGAAUUCGUAUUGGAAAUUUAAAUGGUCAACAACAAAAAAUUCAAGAAUAUUGUCGAAAUCCAGUGCCUUCCGAUAAUAUUCCCGAUAUUUAUGGAACAGUACCAUCAAAAAUACCACGAAUAAUCACCUCUUUAAAAAAGGACAGAGAUUCGCCUAAUCAGCCAAUUUCCGAUGGGGAAAAUGGAAUACCAAUCGAAACUGCUCCAAGAGUCAAUCUUAAGAAUGGACCAAGAGCGCGACGAGGGAAACCAGUUCAAAGGGCACCUUCUCGAUUAUAUAGAGCAAUUGGAGGUCAAAUGAGGAAUUUUAAUAAAACGCAAUGCGUCGGUCCUGAGUUCGUCAUUCGCGCUAAUCAACCCUCCAAAAUCAUGACUGUUGGAGACAUUAAGUCGGUCAAUUCUAGUCGUUUAGUCGUAAUUAUGUUGACUGGCCAACGACUUGAAGUAACCUGUGAUCCACAGAAAAUUACGGCUGGAGAAUUAUUUCAGGCUAUCGUGCAGGCAGAAGGACUCGAUGAAAACUUUACUCUGGGAUUAGCUGCGCUAUUGGCCGGAGAUUUCGCAUUGCUACCGCCAGAUACGAAAUUGAAUAAAGUCGCCCCUCCAGGCUGGUUAAACACCGGUAAGAGCAAAGGUCUACUGGGACUUCCGGCAAGCUUUAUGCUCUACUUAAGGCUGAGAUUUUUCCUUCCUUCGCUCCGUGGAAUAAGAAGCUGGACUUCGAAGCAUCUUCUAUACCUUCAAAUUCGUCGAUGUAUAUUAGAACAGCAGCUGGUAUGUCCUUUGACGCAGCUAAUUAAUUUGACCGGUCUCGCUCUGCAGGCAGAGUUUGGAAAUUAUAGUGUCAAUGAACACGGAUGCGCUGAUUAUUUUCUCCUGGAGCAUUAUAUACCCGAAGCAUUGAUAUUAAAUCCCGAUCAUGAUCAACAAUACAAUGAUUUGUCAAGUAAUGCGGAAAAUUUAAAAAGACAAUUACAUCAAGCGCACAGAGAUAGACGUGGUCUUGAUACAAAUAAAGCGGAAGAAAUGUUUAUCACUCAUGCUCAAAAUUUAAUAGAUUUUGGUUCACAUUAUUAUAUAGCGACAGUUGACGCUAAGGAAUUAAGUAAAAUUAUAAGUCGGCAAAGAAAAAUAAAUGAACGAACAUCACCCGUGGGACGUACAUGUACUGAGGAUAUUUAUGCUCAAUUAAAACGCAAUUGUCCCGCAUUAUCAGCUGAUGGCAAAACAAUGGAACCCUAUACUGAUGAGGAGAAAAUAAUUCUCGCCAGAAAUCCAAUUAUUAACGAUGAUAUGAUAUGCAAUUCAUUGGCAACAAGUGGAAAAGAAAGUGUGGAAAUUGUCAAUAAUAAUAAUAGUAAUAAUAAUAAUAAUUGUAACAACAGUAAUAGUAAAUUGAAAAAAACUGAAAGCGCUGUGUGGUUAGCAAUUCAUGGUGAGGGUUUAAAACUUUUUGAAAGAGGCGGUGGUCGUUUUCGUGAAAGAAAAGAAUUGGCAAGAUUUCAAUGGAGGGAUAUUCAAACUUUAAGCUACAGUAAAUCAUGUCUUGUUAUUUAUACAAAAGUUAAUGGAAAACGAUGCAAGUUCAAACUUAGAAUGGACCACAGAAAGAGUUAUUUUGCUUUCAAGCUGACGUCUUUACACCAUCAGUUCUUUCUCAAACUUCGAUCCGAAAUAUCUUCUCUUCAAGGACUAGCAAAAGAUUUCGGUGUUCCAUUGGUGAUUGAGCCAAAUUCACCGAAAGCAAAGCCCGAAAGUGGAAAAACAAAAAUCUCAAUUGCUAAUGCAAUAAAAAAACAAGAACCCGAAUCAAGAUUAAAGUAUCCAUUUCAAUUAGAGGAGUAUCAAAAUAAAGAGAAUGAAAAUCCACAAAAAGAUUUGUGUAAUUGGCCAAUGAACAAUCAAGUCACGACUACAACAUCACCGAUUUGUUCUUCGCCAGAUGAAGAUGUUCUUUAUGCCCAGGUGAAUACACGCUUGGAACCGGAAGGCGAAUCACGUGACACGGAAGAUGAAUCAGAUCGUGAUGGUUGUUCAGCAAUAAGAAAUCAAGCGAUUUCAAGAAUUUUGAAUGGACCAAAAGUCCUUUCAGCUAUUGAGGAUCAAAUCUAUGGUUACGCGAAUGUUGGACGCGCUCACAAUGAAGAAUACGUUUAUUGUAUUCCAAAGUUAAUUUACUCGAGUGCAAUUGAACGACUCGAAGUGAAAUCAGAAAAACCCGAGGACAUUUAUGCGGCUGUUAAUAAAAAUCGAACGCCAAAGAAAAAUUCACUUCCGGUACCCGAGGAAGUUUGGGACGUGUCGGAUAUCAAAGAGUCUUUGAAUAAGGCAAAAACGUCGAGUUUACCAAAUUAUGGAACACCAAAAUCAAGGCAAUCGAGCGGAUUUCGAACACCUAGUUUACCACGACGUUUGGGAGUAAAAAUGGGAACUCGCGCUAUUUACAGCAGUAGCAAUAUGUCGCAAAAGGAUAUCUCCCUUGCCGACGAUUUAGAAUCUCUAUCGUUGAAAUCCGACACUGCUUCGUCGAUGCAAUCAACGCCAGCACGAUCGGUUGAGUCGCCAAUGCCAGAAGCUUAUGUGUUAAAUGCAGACAUUCGAACAGCGAACGAGACUUUUCGAAUACAAGACGAGGAAACUAUGUCAUCAUCUUUGGUGGCCCGAUUUGAGGAAAUGUCAUUCACAGAAGAGCGAAUACUUCAUGUGAUAAAACUUGAACGCGGUAAUGGAGGAAGUAUAGGAUUGCAAGUGACCGAGGGAAACGAUGGAGGAGUUUAUGUUCAAGCCGUUUCCGUUGGAGGAUCGGCCGAUAUGACUGGAAACAUAAACAAAGGCGAUCGAGUGGUAGCGAUAAACGGUCAAACUUUAAUGAAUCUUGGUUAUGAACAUGCACUUAAAUUAUUGCAAAGUUCAUCUGAAACUGUGGAAUUAGUUCUAUCACGAGCUGCUUCAAAUCGAGUUGAAAAUCACAAAAAUUUCCAUCGUAUUCAACAAAAUGAUGCCAAUUAUCUUCAAAGUAUCAGAUUCAAUGUCUCAUCAGAAACUGAUUAUUGGAAUAUGUCAUCAAAAUGGCUGGGAAAUGAAAAAUCUGAUGUGAAAAAUCAUUGGGAUUCACACAAUAGUUCAACUUCAACGACGAUUGAAAAUUAUCCUGUAAAUGAAACUUACACCAUAGCUAAUAAAAUCGAUCCCUAUGCUUUGCAAUCUGCCAGCAUAUUGGUUAGUCUUGAGGAUUUAGACGUGAGCCGAACGAGUCAACAAGUUUUUAUCUAGUGCCGUCAGAAGUAUUUUAUAUAUGAUGAGAUUGAUCCACAACCUCCGCCGAUUCCUCCACGAAGAAAGAAACGAAAGAAUAAUAAUCUUUCAAUGAGCAUAAAUUCUGAAAUGAUUCGGGAACCAUUUUCGGGACCUAGGAGAAAACCUCGUUUGCCUCCGCCGCCGCCAC